AUGUCCCCCGAGCCGGAGCAGCAACCGCCUGCACCGGCGUCCACAGAGUCACCGGUCGCACAAUCAUUGGAAGAAAAGACCAUGCCUUCCGUGCAAGGCGAACCCGCAGUUGACGACGCCGUCGUCGGUCCGGACUGGAUGUACAAGCCAAUCUUCAAGAUUGGCAAAUGGCAAGCACCCUGGUUCGCAUCGCCAGAGACACAGCUCUACCUCGUCUCCUUUGUCUGCUUCCUUUGUCCCGGCAUGUACAAUGCGGUCAGUGGACUUGGUGGCGGUGGCCAAGUGAAUGCGACCGAUGUGAACAACGCCAACACUGCGUUGUAUAGUACCUUUGCCGUCGUGGGAUUCUUCGCCGGUUCGAUCGCCAAUCGUAUUGGUCUUCGCCUUACCUUGUCGCUCGGUGGCUUCGGCUACUUUCUCUACGUCGCCGCCUUGCUCUCGUACAACAUUAAUCAGAAUGCGGGCUUCUUGAUCUUUGCUGGUGCUUUGCUGGGUGUUUGCGCUGGUUUGCUGUGGUGCGCUCAGGGUGCCGUUAUGAUGAGUUAUCCAUUGGAGCAUGAGAAGGGCAAGUAUAUUGCUAUCUUCUGGGUUAUUUUCAAUCUGGGUGGUGUCAUUGGUAGUUUGGUCCCCCUCGGCCAGAACAUGCACUCCACCGCCGGAAACGUGAAUAACGGCACCUAUAUCGCCUUCCUCGUCCUAAUGGCCGUAGGAUUCGGUCUAUGCUGGACCCUCGCUGAUUCCAAAUACAUCAAGCGCAGGGACGGCUCCCGCGUAAUCGUGAUUAAGAAUCCGACCUGGAAAUCUGAAUUCCUCGGCCUAUGGGAGACGCUCCUCAGCGACUCGUACAUCGUGUGGCUAUUCCCGAUGUUUUUGGCCAGUAACUGGUUCUACGGAUAUCACUUCAACGCGGUCAAUUUGGCCUAUUUCACUGUUCGCACUCGUGCAUUGAAUAGUCUUUUGUACUGGUUGAUGCAGAUGGUUGGUGCUUUUGUUUUUGGCCAACUUCUUGAUAUGAAGUGGUUUUCGCGCCCAAUGCGUGCUAAGAUCAACUUUGGUAUUCUUUUCGCUAUUACGUUGGGAAUUUGGGGUGGUGGGUAUGCCUUCCAGACGAGGUAUACGCGUGAGACUGUUGAGGCCGAUAUGGAUUUCACUGAUAGUGGAUAUAUUGGCCCGAUGUUCUUGUAUAUGUUCUAUGGGUUUUAUGAUGCUGCUUUCCAGACCUGCACCUACUGGUACAUGGGUUCCCUGUCCAACAACGCUCGCAAGCUGGCCAACUUUGCCGGUUUCUACAAGGGUAUCCAGUCCGCCGGUGCAGCUGGAAUGUGGCGCCUGGAUGCCGUCAAGACUCCCUUCAUGACUGAGUUCGCUUCUUGCUGGGGUCUUCUCCUUGGCAGUAUGCUGGUCGCAACACCUGUGAUCUUCUUCAAGGUGAAGGAUAGCACCGACGUCGAAGAGGAUCUGAAAUUCUCCGACGAGACCGCCGCCGAUAUCCUCGGUGAGACCGGUGAGGGAAUUAAUCUCCCCGAGAAGCCCCGCGCCCACGAAGAUGCUUCGGAUAAGGCGUAA